UGGAGUUUUCACCAGAGGCAAAAGUCCAAAACAGGCGGGCCGAGGGUGAGGCGGAGGAAGGGGACCGCUGGGGGGCACUGAGAAGCUAGGGGUACUCCAGAGGAAAGGCAGGGAUACUGAAUAGCCAGUGAAGGCGAGGAGGAGCAAGGCGAGGGGAGGAGGCGCGGUGGGAGGAGGAGUAGGAGACAAAAGCCGAAAGCGAGGAGGGCGCCGACCGCACGCUGUGGCCGGGAGAGGGACAGUUGGCUCAGCCAGUCGCGGGCGCUCUGCGACUCUAGCGCACGGGGCAUCAAGGCGGACAGUUAGCAUGGGGAAGGGAGGUAAUCAGGGUGAGGGGAGCACGGAGUGCAAGACUCCGAUGCCCACCUUCCGCUGGGAGGAGAUUCAGAAGCACAACCUGCGCACCGAUCAGUGGCUGGUCAUCGACCGCAAGGUCUACAAUGUCUCCAAAUGGUCCCAGCGGCACCCGGGGGGCCACAGAGUCAUCGGACACUAUUCAGGAGAAGAUGCUACGGAUGCCUUUCGUGCCUUCCACCUGGACCUCGACUUCGUGGGCAAGUUCUUGAAGCCCUUGCUGAUUGGUGAGCUGGCCCCAGAGGAGCCCAGCCUGGACCAUGGCAAGAGCUCCCAGAUCACCGAGGACUUCCGGGCCCUGAAGAAGACUGCUGAGGACAUGAACCUGUUCAAAACCAACCACCUGUUCUUCCUUCUCCUCCUGUGCCACAUCAUUGUCAUGGAAAGCAUCGCCUGGCUCAUCCUCUCACACUUUGGCAACGGCUGGAUUCCUACCCUUAUCACCUCCUUUAUUCUCACUACUUCUCAGGCCCAAGCUGGCUGGCUGCAACACGAUUAUGGCCACCUUUCUGUCUAUAAGAAAUCCAUAUGGAACCACAUUGUUCACAAGUUCGUCAUCGGCCACUUAAAGGGUGCCUCCGCCAACUGGUGGAACCAUCGACACUUCCAGCACCAUGCCAAGCCCAACGUCUUCCACAAGGAUCCAGACAUAAAUAGCCGGCACCUGUUUGUCCUUGGCGAGUGGCAGCCCCUUGAGUACGGCAAGAAGAAGCUGAACUACCUGCCCUACAACCACCAGUAUGAAUACUUCUUCCUGAUCGGACCACCGCUGCUUAUCCCUGUGUACUUCCAGUACCAGAUCCUCAAGACCAUGAUCAUCCGCAGGGACUGGGUGGACUUGGCCUGGUCCAUCAGCUACUAUGUGCGUUUCUUCUAUACCUACAUCCCUUUCUACGGCAUCCUGGGAGCCCUGGUUUUCCUCAACUUCAUCAGGUUUCUGGAGAGUCACUGGUUUGUGUGGGUCACUCAGAUGAACCACAUCGUCAUGGAGAUUGAUCUUGAUCACUACCGGGACUGGUUCAGCAGCCAGCUGACAGCCACCUGCAAUGUGGAGCAGUCCUUCUUCAAUGACUGGUUCUGCGGGCAUCUCAACUUUCAGAUUGAGCACCACCUCUUCCCCACCAUGCCACGGCACAACUUGCACAAGGUCGCCCCGCUAGUGAAGUCUCUCUGCACCAAGCACGGCAUCAAGUACCAGGAGAAGUCACUGCUGAGGGCCAUGCUGGACAUUGUGAGGUCCCUGAAGAAGUCUGGGGAGCUGUGGCUGGAUGCCUACCUCCAUAAAUGAAGCUGCAGUCCUCAGGGCACCCCUGGGGGAGGGGCACAGCUGGAGUGAGGGCCAGAGGGAGGGGAGGGCUUUUGUUCUGAAGGGUUUUCAUGAGACUAAAGUGUUCACUGGCUCACGUUCCCCAUACUUGGUCUUGCAUCCUUUCUUGUUCUCCCCACCCCCCUAUCUUAUCCUCACGGGGUUCCCCCUUUGUCAGCCCUAGCCCUGUGCCCUCUGCCUCCCAGGCCCUUCUCCCAAAGAGCGGGAGAGAAGUGGCUGAAGCUAGUGGUUGCAUCUCCGCCUCUAACUUCUGCACCUAGAAGAUCCCUGGUAUACGACUCUGCUCUUGCAGUCUAGCCGUCAGAAAUUAAUCCUCACUCCCUUGUCCCCACAGACCCGCUCUGUGGAGCAGGGUCCAGGAAUUGGCUCUGUACUCCCUGCCAGCCUAUGGUCUGGUUGUUUGGGUGAAGACAUAAUUUGUGUUCUGGGUUUCCUUCCCUUGACUGGAAUUGGUACAUAAGGGCCUCCCUCUGGCUGCCCAGGGCCAGCUUAGACUUUGAGGCCCAAGGAAAAGUUCUCCCAUGCCCACCAUCACAGCUCCAGGCCCUGGGGUUGUGCAGGUUCUCGUUCAUCAUCUACCCAACUCCAGAGACCAAAGGGACUGUCCCUUGUGUGGGCUCAGCAGAGGUGGUGGCCAGGCUGAAGGGGACUGACCAGCCUGGAGCCUAACCUAUCUCCCACUCGGACCAGAUGCUUCUUAAUUCACAGACCCAAGACCCUGGGCUUGGGGUCAGACCUUUUUUCAAAUCCUCCGGCAAGUCCCUAGAGACUGUUGGAUGUGGACCUUGCAGGAGAGCCCUGAGCUGCUCUCCCCAGGACAGGGUGACCAGCACGGCCAGCAUGGCCAGCACUUGACCGCUCACUGCUUCUUUCCUAUUUUUACAAUCUUGUUUGUUUGUUUUAGAUGUUGUUGUGGUAACAUUUCCUACAGAAUGCGUUUUGAUAGGAGGGUAAGAGGGGCUGGGCUUGAGGGUAAUCUAGAUGCCCCUUGCCAGGCUUCCCCAAGGCCCUUCCGGUAGAGCUAGGCUUCGCCAUCAAGGCCAUACUGUAAACUGUGGCUUGAGGCUGCUGCUAUCAGGUUAGGAGAAACAGGGUGGGGUGGCGUCUCUCAGGAGGGCCAUUGGGAAUACCCAGCGAGGAUCAUGCAAGAGGGUAGAGGAAAGGGGGAGGUCAGGAAGGCUGAGGGCAUGAGGGACAU